AUGGGGAUUUGUGGAGGUAGGUCUAAAAGUUAGGAAGACUAAGUUCACAAACUGAACUAACCUAUCAUAACUAAUGGUGAGUUACAAAUUAAGGUGUUGUUAAAGAACAUCACUUUGAAAAUGACUGGUGUGAGACAAUGUUCUAUUCAAUUCGAUUUGGGGUAGUGUAAGUACACAUCGCCGGUGCAUAUAGAUAAUAAUGGAGAUCAUUAUGUAUUAAAUUCAUAGAAGGAAGUGGCGAGCUAGUUUUGAU